AUGAACUUCGCGCCUUACCGGGACCAGUCUCCUGAUGUCGAGCGUGCGCUUUCCCCUCCACUGGCAAAUGCCAACCGCAUACAUACCUCGUCUCCCCGUCAUACACCUUCACCACUAGGCCAGAACCACCCAAGACACUCAUCCAGUCUGGACCAAAACGUCAUGAGCAAUGCGCAAGGGUUUGGAUCCGGGUUCGGGAGAGAUAUCGAGGGAGGGCGCAUGAGCCUGGGUGCGUUCGAGACAAGCCUUCCACUACGUAUGGACUAUGAAGCUAUGCUGGCGUAUCUCUUGCUACCACCGGCAGGAGGCGUGUUUUUGCUACUGACAGAACAUAAGAGUGAUUAUGUACGGUUUCACGCCUGGCAGUCUAGUCUACUAUUCACAUUUAUGUUUGCUAUUCAUAUGUUAUUUUCUUGGUCGAGCAUCAUAUCUUGGCUACUAUUCAUAUUCAAUCUUGGGCUGAUUGGGUUCCUCAGUAUGCACGCUUAUCGUGAUGUUGAUUCUCUGGAGCAUUAUCAAGUUCCUAUCUUCGGGCCCUUGGCCAACUCUUUUGUUGAUGAUGAGUGA